GUAUUUCCAGAGCUGUUUGUCAGGGCUCCAGCUUUCUAAAACACAUGAUCUACAAAGACGACCCCGUGCUACAUUUUAAUACAAAGACUGUCUUGCCGGAGCCUGACUGGGAGAACGCCAGGCAACAACAGGUCACAGGCACCUCUCUUCCUUGUUUUAAAAACAAGUGGUUCAGACCUGGGAGGUUGAGUGAGACCAGGCUAUGUCGUGCCGGAAGCAGGCCUUAAUGAAAUCGUGAGCUCCAUGCAAUGCCCUGGCUUUAUUCACUCUCCAAAGCAGUGCAGCGGCUUUGAGUCAACGUUGUCAGUGGUGACUAAGCCUGACCCAUUUAGACAUGCUUAUUUCAUAACUCCCUGUCCAUGGAGCUUCGUGCUGUGGGAACACUGAAGUGCUGAUUGAGCGCGAAGUCAAAUGGACGUUGGUGAGUGCUCCAUGGCAGCAGAUGCUUCACUUCAUUGGUUCACUGUGAACUGUAACUUGGAAGCCGCGUUUAGUGAUUUUAUAGGUCAGUCCUGCCUCUGGGAUCCAACUUUAUGCUGUGGCUAAGAAAUGUUUCGCAUCACUCAGACUGAAUCUCAAGACAGAAGUAUUUACAUUGUAAAUAAAUAUUUCAGUAGAUUUGAAGAAUGAAGAGGAAUAACUUUUCUGCUGUGAAUAAAGUUGUCCAGUCGUCACCAGUCGUGAAGCAGCCCAAACGUGUACUCCGCACAUCCCUCAACCAGACUCGUACGCUGUCUGUUCUUCUGGACUGGGGGACUUUGCCACACCACGUGAUUUUCCAGAUUUUCCAGUACCUUCCUUUAAUAGAUCGAGCCCGAGCGUCUUCUGUGUGCAGGAGCUGGAAUGAAGUGUUCCACAUCCCUGAUCUCUGGAGAAAGUUUGAGUUUGAGCUGAACCAGUCAGCAACUUCGUAUUUUAAGUCCACACAUCCUGAUCUCAUUCAACAGAUCAUCAAAAAGCACGCUGCACAUCUGCAGUAUGUCAGCUUUAAGGUUGAUAGUAGUACUGAGUCGGCAGAAGCUGCCUGUGAUAUUCUUUCUCAGCUGGUAAAUUGUUCUAUCCAGACCUUGGGAUUGAUUUCAACAGCCAAACCAAGUUUUAUGAACGUGCCAAAGUCUCAUUUUGUGUCAGCACUUACAGUUGUGUUCGUCAACUCAAAAUCAUUAUCAUCAAUUAAAAUUGAGGACACACCAGUGGAUGACCCUUCGCUGAAGAUCCUUGUGGCUAACAACAGUGACACUCUGCGGCUCCUAAAAAUGAGCAGCUGUCCUCACGUUUCAUCUGAUGGCAUCCUCUGUGUGGCGGACCACUGUCAGGGCCUCAGAGAGCUGGCGUUGAACUACUACAUCCUGAGCGAUGAGCUUCUCCUCGCACUCUCCAGCGAGACGCACGUGAACCUUGAGCAUCUCCGGAUAGAUGUUGUGAGUGAGAACCCUGGACGCAUCAAGUUUCACUCUAUUAAAAAGCGCAGCUGGGAUGCGCUGAUCAAACACUCCCCAGGAGUUAACGUUGUCAUGUACUUCUUCUUAUAUGAAGAAGAGUUUGAGACAUUCUUCAAGGAAGAAACCCCCGUAACUCACCUUUACUUUGGGCGCUCAGUCAGCAGAACCAUUCUAGGCCGCAUAGGCCUGAACUGCCCCCGGCUGAUCGAGUUAGUGGUAUGUGCCAACGGCCUUCAGCCCCUCGACAGUGAACUGAUCCGCAUUGCUGAACGCUGCAAAAACCUAACUGCGCUGGGCCUGAGUGAGUGUGAAGUCAGCUGCAGUGCGUUCGUUGAGUUUGUAAGACUCUGUGGCAGAAGGCUCACCCAGCUGUCUAUCAUGGAGGAGGUUCUGGUCCCUGAUGACAAUUACACCCCAGAGGAAGUCCACACUGAGGUCUCUAAGUACCUGGGAAGAGUGUGGUUCCCAGAUGUGAUGCCAAUCUGGUAACCAGCGACCAAAGAUUUCCAGUUUCCUGCUGGUGGGGUUAGCUGUUGUCUGUCUAUGCAAAUGUAAAUGUUGAGAUGAGCUUCUGAGCUACUUUAGGUUAAAUACAUACUCUUUACCAGUUAUCUUAAUUGGUCGCUGCAGAAUCAUUUGAAGAUAAUAUAACAAUUUUGAAUGGCCAGAGGUCUUUGACGCUGUGUGUUUGAUGGUCUGCAGGCUAGACUACAGAUGUCUAAGACUUAAAUAGACUAACUUUUCAACCUUCUCUGGAGACAUAUUUUAGCUAAGUAAAUUUAUAUUAAACUUAUAAUUAAUAUAUAAUUAUAAUUUACAGUAUUAGAUAUUUUUAAGUUAUGUAUUUUAUAAUCUUAUGUUACUUUCAUUUCAUCUGGUUCAUUUUGGUACCAAUACAUGUUUUACAAAAUACGUACUGUUAAAAAUCCAGGUGCCAUGCUAGAGGUCUACUUCAUUGUACCUACAAAAUGUUUGGCAUCUUGUGGUUCAGUAAGCAACUUUGAUUUCUAGAGUACUUUUAAUUCAUUUUUAGAUUAACUUAGAAGGCAAUUGACAUUAUGUUAAAAUUCAGUAAUACUACUUCAUUUAUGAAGAUAUGGCAAGUAGAAGAUACCGUGAUUAUUAGUGAAGUAUGAAAUAUGAGGGAAGUGUUUGGGAGUCAGUGUUUACUAGCCUGCUCAUGUUGAUCUGGGACUGUGCCAUGUCCUUUGCACAUGUGACCUCUCAUUUGCUUAGUAACACUUGUAAAAAUCCUUCACCAGUUUGUCCUUCGAAUGACAUCCAGUCUUCAGAGUUGCCUGGGAGCUCGGCUUAUUUCCAGCCGCUGUGCCUGCCCUUUCUCCCCCCCCCCACUUUCUCUGUUCCCCCUCCCGUAUGUGCACCUCUCUGCUUGCUCUCUCUGUGCUCGCUCCCUCAGAUCUUCCUGCAUCUCGCUUGCUAGGGGAGGUCACUGACAGCUUUCCAGCUCCUGGGUCAGACCCUUCCCUCUUUUUUUUUUUUUUUUAACUUUUUUUUCUUUUUAAUUUUUUAAUAUUAAUUGCACUUUAUUCACUUUGUAUCCCCCCAAAAGCCCCUCCCUCCUCCUCUCCCAGUCCCACCCUCCCUUCCCCUUCUUCACGCAUGCCCCUCCCCAAGUCCACUGAUAGGGGAGGUCUUCCUGUCCUUCCUUCUGAUCUUAGUCUAUCAGAUCUCAUCAGGAGUGGCUGAAUUCUCAUCUUCUGUGGCCUGGUAAGGCUGCUCCCCUCUCAGGGGGAGGUGAUCAAAGAGCAGGUCAAUCAGAUUAUGUCAGAGGCAGUCCCUCUUCCCAUUACUAUGUAAUCCACUCGGACACUAAACUGCCAUGAGCUACAUCUGUGCAGAGGUUCUAGGCUAUCUCCAUGCCUGGUACUUGGUUGGAGUAUGAGUCUCUGGGAAGACCCCUGUGUUCAAAUUUCUGGUUCUGUUGCUCUCCUUGUGGAGUUCCUGUCCUCUCCAAAUCUUACUAUUUUCAACUUCUUACAUAAGAUUCCAUGCACUCUGCCCAACAGUUGGCCAUAAGGUCUCAGCGUCUGCUUUGAUAGUCUGCAGGGCAGAGCCUUUCAGAGGCCCUCUGUGGCAGGUUUCUAGCUUGUAUCCUGUUUUCUUCUUCUGAUGUCCUUCCUCUUUGCCUUUCCGGAUGGGGAUUGAGCCUUUUAGUCAGGGUCCUCUCUCUUGAUUAGUUUCUUUAGGUGUACAGAUUUUAGUAGGUUUAUCCUAUAUUACGUGUCUAUAUGAGUGAGUCCCUUUUCUCUUCUUUGUAGCACCCGUUGCUGUGCGGUGUGUCUGCUUGUCUCAGGAUGUCCUUUUUCCUUCAUUGUGCUGUAGACUCUGCCAGGACGAGUCUGCUGCUAUGUUCUUCUGUGUACUUAUUAGAGGUCAACUUUUAGCAAAAAUAAAUGUUUAUUAUUUUCCAGUUUUGAGUAUAUUUUUCAUUAUUGAAAUGCUGGUAUCCUCGCCUACUGAGCAAUUAGGAUGCAUUGUUUAUAGAUAGUUUGGAGAGUAGACUGUCCUCACUCAUAUGUGUUCAUGGUGAGCUCUGUAAGCAGGCGUCUCACAUUUGUGUGGGUGUCUGUGCCUCACUCAGAACUGUACGCAGCAAUGGGAGUCUUGGGUAAAAAUAACCAUAAAACCUCUCUGGAAGACAGACUUCUAACUAUUGUACAUCGUAUCAUUUAUGCCUUAAGAUCCCAGGAAGGCAUGUUUAAAACUUAAAAUCUAAUCAGGAUACCAGCACCACAGGCCUAAGAGAAUGUCCUAAUUGCAGUGGAGCUGGGCUCAGGGUAAUGGGAACACUGAGUAGAUAAGCCCAUAGCCUCACCUGUUGUUGCCUUUUUAGCAAGACAAUGCUGCGUACACCUGCGUAGCAAGGUGACAGAGUGGCCUGGUUUUUGCCCUAGAGGUGAAGGCAGCACAAAAGCCACAAAGGGAUGGUCUCUCUACAGCCUGGUAGCUCCAGAAAAGGAAGCCACUGGCCCCUCUGAGAAACUGAGCUGUUCUGUUCUAGGUAGACCUUUUGGUGGCCUCCUGUGGGACCCUCACCGGCUAAGCUCGGUAGUGAGUCAGAGAGAAGAGCGCACAGUGAUCUAAAUUCAUUAAUUCAUGCCCACUCCCCAGGUUGGUUACCUCCGGGUUAGUGAAAGGAAGGACAAAACACUUUAAAGACAGCUAAAAACAAUACAGGAAAGUGACGUGUCUUUCCUGCCCCCCCCCCAGGACGAAUCUCCAUGUCCUUUGGAAGCCUGAGUCCUGCUGGAUUAGGAGCAAAGGGCCUGACUGGAUGAGUGAUCAUAGACUUUAUUCGUCGAAAACAUUUUAGGUCCUUUUCAUGCCUGUUCAUGUUAGGAAUAUUUGUUUGUGUUUAUUGGAGGAUUCUGGGAACUUUCAGCUAAUUUUGUGGUCAAAAGUAAACGGAGAGAGUUGAAAGAAGGGUCCUUCUGUAUGUCAGGCUGAAGAAACACAGAAACAGGAUUGUCACUUUUUUUUUUUUUUUUUUUUUUUUUUUUGUCCUUUUCCAUCCUGUGAUCCUUGCUGGCCUCAUUUGCUUUGUGUGCCAUAUUGGGAGAUGAGUCAGGAGGGCAGCAGAUUUUAAGUGCGUCUGCGUUGCUGUUGUGCCCCUAAAGUAUAGUAAAUGUCCUCUUUCUGUGGGCCUACCCUCUUAAACUGGCUGCUGACCUUCCUUGCUGUCCCAUUAAAUUAAUUUUCUACAGCUAACUAAAAGCACUUUCAAAAUAAAAUUCUUAUAUUCAUAAUAACUUACAGUUAUCAAACACAGCAACGUCUGGCACCACAUUUUUGAGGUGUGUAUGAUAAUAACUCUUAACUAAGAAACGCAAGUUACCUAGUUAGUAUACUUUCUCUUUUGUCUUUGGAUCAAAACCUGAGGACAGCUUUGGUGUGACACACUAGGGGGCGCUGUGUUCUAGCGCUUCUUGAGACGGAUGGUCUUUGGAGUCUGCAUCCCUAGCAAACCUGCAUGCCCGGCAUACAUAGCAGCCAGGAGGGGGCGCUGCUGAGCUGUCCUGUGCGCAUUCUCCUGCCCUAGUCCAGGUGCUCAGCUUGGUUUUAAAAAUGCUGUCCAUCCUUAACUGUGCUUGGAUGCCUAAGCGGCAGUCCGGAAUGUUGAUUAUCUGGAAAGCUGUGUACUUGUAUUCAGAUCUCCCAAAGCCCUUUCAGUUGCCUGAAGAGCCUACAGGCAACAGAAUUCAGUCUCUAGAAACAAUCCAAAGUUAGGGGACACCAAUGAGCAAUACAGUCACCAAAUUCGACAGUGAUGGAUAUAUACUUUUUUAGUCAAAACUUAAAUUCUUACGUACUAGUCUCACAUAGAUGUCGUGACUUGGUGGAUGGUAUAUGUAUGUGUAUAUGUAUAUGUGAUCGUGAAUUGGUGGAUGGUGUGUGUGUGUGUAUGUGUGUGUGUGUGCCGACUGUGCAGCAUGGGUCCUUACAUGCCUGUGAGCCAUCACUAAUUCUUCUGGCCACCCCCACACAUGUGUGGCCGCCUCUGUGACACACUGUUCAUUCACAAGCAGUGCCCAUGAGUCACGCCUAGCUGCACGUGCCCAGCUGCAGUGAGUGAAAAGUGUGUGACUUCGCCGUCCCUCACCCUGAGCUAAUUCGCGCUGCCCUCCCUGACCCUGAGGUAACCCAGGCCAUUAUCUUCUCACUUUCUUUCUUAACUCUCACCUCUGUGUGCUUUUGGAAACUGUGUGGUUUUAUUUGGUUUUAACCUUAUAAAAAGAGUAUCCCAAUUCAUGGGAAUAUUUUUUUUUUAACUUUUCUUCAAUUUAUGAAGAAAACUAUUUAUUAAUGCCUCUUGCAACAUCUUGCUCCAUUUAUUGUGACUGCUGUGUAACUUUUGGCUCUGUAACCAUGACCUGGCCUUUAAAGUCUGCCUCUGUUAAAGGGCAUUUGGAUUGUAGUGUGUUGUCAUGAACCUUAUUAUGCAUGGGAAUACAAAUGGAGUGAUUUCUCCAGUAAUAAAGGUCAAUUAAUUGUC